UCUAACGAUUGAACGUUGAAAAACACGUUAACAACUUAUCGUUGUGGCGGCGGGUUGUUUCGUAAAUAUCCUAUAACGUACAUGCUGGUCAUGCUGCAUUGUAUUCGGUUAUUUCUGUGUCUCAAUGUCUAAUUAAAUUGAAAUAUUUAUAUAAUUCUCAGUGCAUAGCAUAUCGAUAGUGUGCUACACCUACACGAGACAGUUUUUGGAUUGGGGGCCGCGGUCGAGUCUGAAGAAGUCGUGCAGAAGCUGCCUGCCGUCACUCCGACAAAAAAAUGCAGAAGAAAAAUUACCUAUGCAAUGUCUGCGACAAAUCUUUCUACCAAAGUGGACAAUUGACAGAACAUCGACGCAUACACACUGAUGAAAAACCGUACGCUUGCGAUGUGUGUGGCAAAUCUUUCUACCAAAAUGGAAAAUUGACAGAACAUCAACGCAUACACACUGGUGAAAAACCGUACGCUUGCGAUGUGUGUGGCAAAUCGUUCAACCAUAGUGGACAAUUGACAGAACAUCGACGCAUACACACUGGUGAAAAACCGUACGCUUGCGAUGUCUGCGACAAAUCAUUCAACCACAGUGGCUCUUUGACAGAACAUCGACGCAUACACACUGGUGAAAAACCGUACGAGRGCGACGUGUGUGAAAAAUCGUUUUCUACAAGCUCCAGUUUGACGAAACAUAGACAAGUAAAAAUGGAUAAGAAAAAUUACCCAUGCAAUGUCUGCGACAAAUCUUUCUACCAAAGUAGACAAUUGAAAAUACAUCAACGCACACACACGGGUGAAAAGCCGUACGCUUACGACGUGUGUGACAAAUUGUUCAGCCAGAGUGGCAAUUUGGAAAUUCAUCGACGCACACACACUGGUGAAAAACCGUACGGGUGCGAUGUGUGUGACAAAUCGUUCAACGAUAGUAGCAAGUUGACAGUACAUCGACGCACACACACUGGUGAAAAACCGUACGGGUGCGACGUUUGUGACAAAUCGUUCACCCAAAGUGGCAGUUUGGAAAUUCAUCGACGCACACACACUGGUGAAAAACCGUACGCUUGCGAUGUGUGUGACAAAUCAUUUAGCCAAUGUAACAGCUUAGCAGUACAUCGACGCACACACACUGGUGAAAAACCGUACCGGUGCGAUGUGUGUGACAAAUCGUUCAGCAGAAGAGACAAUUUGUUAAUACAUCAAAGCAGCACACACACUGGUGAAAAACCACAGGAUAAAAUUUAUCCGAUAAAUCAUAUUAACAAAUAA